UCAAACUCAGACAAAAGCCAAGGAAGAGAGAGAGAGAGAUGAAAGGGGAGGUUGUUCUAAUGGCGACAGUUUUGGCUUUCUGCUUAGCUCCCAUUGCCGAAGCCGUUUUCGGCAGAGCUGUCUACUACAACCCUCCCUACACUCCCUCGGCGUGCUACGGAGGUCGAAAUUACGGAACGCACGUAGCCGGGGUGAAGGGUGAGCUGUGGGGAAGGGGAAGUGCAUGUGGUCGGAGGUACAGGGUUAGGUGUCUCGGCCCAACCUUCAGCUUUCCGAACGCAUGCACCGGCCGUUCCGUGGUGGUUACCGUCGUGGAUUUCUGCCGAGAGCCUUGCAAUGGCAACCUUAACCUCUCCCUUGACGCUUUCGCCGCCAUCGCUAACCCUAAGGCCGGAAACAUCCGUAUCGAUUACAGCCCGGCUUGAAAAGGGGACGUGGAGUUUCGGACAAGGGGGUCGACGCAGUAAAUUGUGGGACUGCUUAGUAUAAUAAAUCGAAGCAUGCUGUUGAUGAGGACUCGUGUCUUUACCUUUGUAUGUUUUUUUUAACAAAAAAAGACUUCUCGUUGUAAGAGAAAGGCACAUGAAUUUCAUUACAUUUCGAGUUUGUGGCCCAUAAACUCAUAAUCACAUUACAACGCAAACGCUAA